CCGGUUUCACAAAGCUAUUCAGACCGGUCUAUAGUGUUAGACAAGUCUAAAAUUUACUCAUAGACUAGUCUAAUGCAAGUUAGACUGUUUCACAAAGAUAAAGACUGACUUAAUUUAGACCAAAAAAAUUAGACACCUUACCCCCAGGCUAACUUAGGUCUAAGACUCUGUUACCUUGGCAACCAGCAGAAACAAACAGCCAAGAGAAAAGGGGAAAAUGGCUCAUAAUUUGUGGUUUGCUGACAACGUUAUGGAGAGAGCUAUGAGAAGGGAAAGGGUUUUUAGGGACCGCAGUAACCUACUGGAAAUGUAUAAUAAUGAGGACUUCAUCAGUCGGUUUCGUUUGCCCAAAGAAGUUAUACUGAGUCUGACAGAUGAAUUAGCUGAAGUACUGAGCCCUGCCACUUCAAGGAGCCACAGUAUCCCAGCAGUGCUACAGGUUUGCACUGCUUUGAGAUUUUAUGCUACAGGAAGUUUUCUGAAUACUGUUGGUGACACAGUGGGUCUCAGCAAAGCUUCUGUGUCACGGGUGGUAUACAGGGUAUCAAGGGCACUUUCAAAUAAGCUCCCUCAGUUCCCAAACCAAAUGGCUGAGCUGAACAAACUCAAAAGAGGGUUCUUCAGCAUAGCAAGAUUUCCCAAUGUUGUUGGAGCAAUUGAUGGGACACAUGUCAGAAUCCAGGCUCCACCUGCUCAUGAACAUUUGUUUGUCAAUAGAAAAGGAUAUCACAGCCUAAACAUUCAGGCUGUUUGUGAUUCUGAUCUCCUGUUCCUCAACUGUGUGGCCCGCUGGCCUGGAUCCCUUCAUGACUCUCGAAUUCUGCAAAAUUCUCAACUCUGUCUAGCAUUUGAGCAAGGCAUUAUCGAUGGGGUCCUGUUGGGGGACUCGGGCUACCCUCUAAAACCUUGGCUCCUUACUCCCUUCCUGAAUCCUACUACACUUGCACAGAGAAACUACAACACAGCACACUGUUCAACUCGUAACACUGUAGAGCGGGCAUUUGGUGUACUGAAGAGGCGUUUUCAUUGCCUACAUGGGGAAUUGCGAAUGGCACCUGACAGAGUGUGUAACAUCAUCUGUGCGACUGUAGUGCUGCAUAACAUAGCGAGGUAGGCCUACCUGAAAACAAAAUCCACAUUGCCAUCCAUUUUCAAUAGGCCUAAUUGAAUUACUAUUUACCACAUGCUUCAACUAUAAUCAAAAUUAUUUAUUUCAUUAAUCAUUAGGGAUCUCCGGCUACCUGAGCCUGAAGGUGAGGAUAUCAGAGAUGACAAUCUCAAUGAACUGGAGGAUAGAGAAGAUUUAGAGGAGCAGAAUGGAACUGGUCGAUAUGUGCGUCAGAUGUACGUUGACAGGAUUUUCAAUGUCUGAAACAUUGAAAAAAUCAUGUUGCCUGUCUUUACCUAUUAGGCUUAAAUGAGUAGCAAACAACUUAAUAAAUAUAAAAAUUUAUUUUUUAAGGUUUCUCAAGUGACAUACUGUUCAUUCAAUAAAUUAUUCUAUAAAUUACA